ACCACGUCGUAUGAGUUUCCAUUAAACACCAGAGCUUCCCCAAACAUGUUGUCUAUUAUCCGCUCUCUCCCAACUUCUUGUUCCAGAAAAUAAAAGACACAGACAAAGACACAUUCUAUCUUUUCCUUUUCACUCCAUUUUCUCCAUUUUUUUUUUCUCUCCUUAAUUAUUUUUUUAAAAAAAGGUUUUUUUCACCUUUUUUCUAACAUACGUACUUCAACUUCACUUCAAAUCAAAUCUUAGUUUUUUCCUUCUACAAUUCUUACCCCUAGAUUUUCUCAUCUUUCAUCUUCCUUUUUUGGUAUUCUCAAUUAUUUGACCUUAUCAACUCAUCUACUUUCUAUCUCUUCUUCAAUCUUCACUUCCUCCUCUGAAUUCCUCAUUUCUGGAUUCUACUGGAGUUGGAUUGAACUGGGUAUUGCCAAGAUCUACACCAUCGUUUGUUUUGGGUUUAAAGUUUUGAUCUUUGUGCUUUACCAAACUGAAUUACCGGUUUGGAUCUGGUCAAGGUAGAAACAGCGCCGUCCCAUGGCGCUGUUCAGAAGGUUCUUUUACCGGAAGCCGCCGGAUCGCCUUUUGGAGAUCUCUGAGAGGGUUUAUGUUUUUGAUUGUUGCUUCUCCCCGGACGUAUUGGAAGAAGGUGAAUACAAAGUUUAUAUGGGGGGAGUUGUAGCUCAGCUACAAGAUCACUUUCCGGAUGCUUCUUUCAUGGUGUUCAACUUCAGAGAAGGGGAGAGGCGCGCUCAAGUCUCAGACAUACUUUCUCAGUAUGACAUGACAGUUAUGGAGUACCCUCGGCAAUACGAGGGUUGUCCUCUUCUGCCUUUAGAAAUGAUCCAUCACUUUCUUCGAUCAAGUGAAAGCUGGUUGUCUGUGGAGGGGCAACAGAAUGUGCUUUUGAUGCAUUGUGAAAGGGGAGGAUGGCCUGUGCUGGCAUUCAUGCUAGCAGGUCUUCUGUUAUACCGGAAACAGUACAGCGGGGAGCAAAAGACUCUUGAAAUGGUCUACAAGCAAGCUCCCCGAGAACUGCUCCACCUUUUAACUCCGUUGAACCCGCAACCUUCUCAGUUCAGAUACCUUCAGUAUAUUUCCAGGAGACAUCUGGGUUCUGAGUGGCCGCCGUCUGACACACCGUUGUAUCUGGACUGUCUGAUUCUUAGAGACCUUCCAAUAUUUGAUGAUGGAAAAGGUUGCAGACCUGUUGUGCGUGUUUAUGGUCCGGACCCUUCAAAACCUGCCAAUAGAAGUUCGAAGCUUCUUUUCUCAACCUCAAACUCCAUAAAGCAUGUUCGACACUAUCAACAGGCAGAGUGUAUGCUUGUGAAGAUUGAUCUCCGUUGUCGUGUUCAAGGCGAUGUGGUUCUUGAGUGCAUAAAUUUAAACGAAGAUUCUACUAGUGAGGAGACGAUGUUUAGAAUUAUGUUCCAUACUGCAUUUGUGCGGUCAAAUAUAUUGAUGCUGAGCCGUGAUGAAAUUGAUAUUUUAUGGGAUGCUAAGGAUCAAUAUCCCAAGGACUUCAAAGCAGAGGUGCUUUUUUUGGACGCUGAUGCUGUUAUACCUGAUCUGAACACAGUAACGGCGGUGAGUCAAGAUGCAAAUGAAACAGAAAGUGCUUCACCUGAGGAAUUCUAUGAAGUGGAAGAGAUUUUCAGCAAUGCAGCUGAUGUGCAGGAAAGUAAGGCAGAGGAUAAUUCUCAUACCUUUCAUGACAAUGCAGUGACUGAUGGAAAUCAUAAAAGGAUCUGGAGGGAGGAUUCAGGUCCUCAAGCUUUUCAGGAUUGCACGCCAGAUGAUGGGAUUCACACACAGGCUGGAAAGAUGGAUUCCGACGUUAAUGCUGUGAAAGAUAUCUCUGUUGAUGAUGCGAGCACGGAUUCAAAUCCUCAGGCAGUGAAGGAUAUUGCCGUGGAUGAUGGAGAAAUUAAGUCAGCUUCCACUGCCAUAACUUAUGAUAUGAAGAUACCUCUGGAAACAAAGGAAAUCAUUGAGGAUGCUAAUCGGGGAUCGGCAAUUAUGCAGGACAAAUAUGAUGAAGAAGAUAAUGAAGUAACAGAAAAGGAAUUAGAUUACAAGGAAGGGCAGCCCAUGCCUGAUAGUUCCAAACAAAAAUCUGGUAAACUACUUCCAUCUACUGCUAAGAAACAAAUUCCAUCAAACUCAAAGCCAGGAGAUACUGUUGGAAAACAAAAGGUUAAAGAAACCACUGCUUUUCAGGCAAAACAAGCUAAACCAACUGCAGUGACGAGGUGGAUUCCUUCUAACAAGGGUUCUUACACGAAUUCAAUGCAUGUAUAUUAUCCACCAUCAAGGAUUAAUAGUGCACCACCUGGACUGUCAAAUAUAACCACUUCAAAGGAGAAAAUGGACGAUAACAAAACAAAAUCCUUAGCUGCUCCAUAUGGCUCUGCAACAGCUGUUUCUGCUGACAUGAAAAAUGACUUGAAAAGUCGGAAGGUGACCACUUCAAAAUCUUUCGGCCAAGUAGUAUCAGAAAUUGAUGCAAAAUGUCCAUUAUCGCCGCCAUCAGUUAAAGAGACAUCUCUUAAGACAGCAAGUCAAGUACAAGAACAGAGCUCAGAGCAAUUGCUACAGCCUCCCGCACAGCGUCCUAUUCCUCCUCCUCCUCCUCCACCACCACCACCUUUGCCACCACCCUUCACAUCAUUUAGUAGACAAGACAUUAGGGUGAAUUUACAGCCUGCAACUUCUCCCCCACCUCCACCUCCGCCACCACCUCAACCCUCCUGGAAGUCUGUGGCUUCAUCAAUAGUUGCAAGCAAUGGAAUUACAUCAAGAUUUUCUGAAGUACCUACUGUAGUGGCCCCAUUAAGGCGUCCUCCACCACCACCAUUCCUCCCUCCAUGGCACGAAGUUUCAACCGUUCCUCCACCACCAUCAACAGUACCUCCUGCAGAGCAUGGAUCAUCAAUUCCUCGUUCUCCUCCUCCCCCCUCAUUUCCCAUGUCUUCAACAAGCACGUCUCCAACUACAUCUCAAAAAGCUCCACCUCCACCUCCACCCCCACCUCCUCCACCCUUUAAUUCAUAUACAAGUUCACCUACACCACCUCUACCUCCAACUUCUUUUCGUAAUGCUCCACCACCUCCGCCUCCACCUCCUUUUACUAAUGCUCCACCACCACCUUUUACUAGGACUCCACCAGCACCACCUCCACCUCCUCCACCCCCUUUUAGUACAUCUCAUUCUGCACCCCCUCCUUUUACUAGAGCUCCACCACCCCCACCUCCACCUCCUCCAAUGUCUAGAGCCCCUCCCCCUCCUCCAAUGUAUGGAGCCCCUCCUCCUCCGCCUCCUCCAAUGUAUGGAGCCCCUCCUCCUCCGCCUCCACCGAUGUCUAGAGCCCCGCCACCUCCACCUCCUCCGAUGCAUGGAGCACCACCACCACCACCACCACCACCAUUUCCUGGUGGUCGAGGCCCGCCACCACCACCACCACCUCCUGGUGGCAGAGGACCGCCACCACCACCACCACCACCUCCCGGUGGUCGAGGAGGCCCGCCACCACCACCACCACCUCCCGGUGGUCGAGGAGGCCCGCCACCACCACCACCACCUCCCGGUGGUCGAGGAGGCCCGCCUCCACCCCCUCCUCCUGGCGGUCGAGGAGGCCCGCCUCCACCCCCUCCUCCUGGCGGUCGAGGAGGCCCGCCUCCACCUCCUCCUCCUGGUGGUCGAGGAGGCCCACCUCCUCCACCUUUUCCUGGUGGUGCACCUCCACCACCUCCGCCCUUGGGUUCUAAAGGUGCAAAUGUUGGAGCUGACCUAAACGGGAGAGGGCGUGGAUAUGCCCGCCCUGCUGCAGUGGCACCUCGACGAUCCUCCUUAAAGCCUUUACAUUGGAGUAAGGUUACGAGGGCACUGCAAGGAAGUUUAUGGGAAGAAUUACAAAGACAUGGAGAACCGCUAAUUGCACCAGAGUUUGAUGUUUCGGAGCUAGAGAAACUUUUCUCUACAAAUGUUCCAAAACCCACCGAUACAAAAUCUGGAGGGAGGCGCAAGUCUACUGGAUCUAAACCCGACAAAGUUCAAUUGGUUGACCUAAGGAGGGCUAAUAAUACGGAAAUCAUGCUUACUAAGGUUAAGAUGCCACUCCCUGAUAUGAUGGCUGCAGUACUAGCUUUGGAUGAGUCAGUAUUAGAUGUUGAUCAGGUGGAAAAUCUCAUUAAGUUUUGUCCUACCAAAGAGGAAAUGGAACUUUUGAAGGCAUACACUGGCAACAAGGAGAACUUGGGAAAGUGUGAACAGUUUUUUUUGGAGCUGAUGAAGGUGCCAAGGGUGGAGUCAAAGUUAAGAGUUUUCGCUUUCAAAAUUCAGUUUCAGGCUCAGGUUACAGAAUUUAGGAAGAGUUUAAACACGGUAAACUCUGCCUGUGAAGAGGUCCGAAGAUCCACCAAACUGAAGGAUAUCAUGAAGAAAAUUCUUUUUUUGGGCAAUACAUUGAAUCAGGGAACGGCAAGGGGAGCUGCAGUUGGAUUUAAGUUGGACAGUCUUUCAAAGCUCACCGAUACUCGCGCUUCUAACAAUAAGAUGACAUUAAUGCAUUAUCUCUGCAAGGUACUAGCUGAAAGGUCGCCUGGACUUCUUGAUUUUCACAAAGAUCUCGUUAGUCUGGAAGGCGCCACUAAGAUACAAUUGAAAUCAUUAGCUGAAGAGAUGCAGGCAAUCACCAAGGGAUUAGAAAAGGUUAAACAAGAGCUUGCUGGAUCAGAAAAUGAUGGACCCGUAUCCGAAGUUUUCCGUAAGACAUUGAAAGGAUUCAUUACUGUAGCUGAGUCAGACGUGGCAGAUCUAACAAAAUUAUAUUCUACAGUGGGUAAAAAUGCUGAUGCACUUGCACUGUAUUUCGGUGAGGAGCCUUCUCGAUGCCCAUGCGAGCAAGUUACCGCAACUCUAUUAAAUUUUAUAAGGUUGUUCCGAAAAGCACAUGAAGAGAAUUGCAAACAAGCAGAAUUAGAGAAAAAGAAAGCUGAGAAAGAGGCUGAGAUGGAGAAGGCUAAGGGCGUUAAUUUAACAAAAAAGAGUGGGAAAGAUAGUUGAUGACUAGGUUUUCUGCUCCUUUGCACCGACAACCUGCUCUUACCGAAGAGCGGGAAUCCAACCACGCCAGGUGAAUGCUUCUGAGGCCAGUUUUGACAUACGACUUUCGAAGCUUCUCUUUCCACGACGAUGAUGUGGGAAUGAGCCUUUCAAUCUUAUCUAUUGAAGGUGGAAUAGAAAAUUCAUGCCAGAUGGGAACCUUUGAACAUACAACAAGCUUAGGAGUUGAUUCUUUGAUGGCAUGCUGUUGAAUGAGAAUUGUAUGGCCAGUUGAUCCUUUUUGUCAGAAGACUAGUUUUGGAUUUCUGGAUCUUUCCCAAGCUAAGAGAUGCCGUGGUGGAUGUUUAUCAUGGAACUUAAGCGCUUUUUUCUUGACACGGAUGCUUACUGUGAUUGCUCAAAUAUGCAUCUGCAUCCUCCAAUGAAUGUUAUGAAAAUGAUGGAUCCAGUCCAUCUCACGACGGUUCAAGAAUUUUGUGGCAGGACAUGCUUUUUGUUGCUGUAGAACUGGCUUCGGCUUGCAUCGAUCAUUUGCCUUAUUUUGUCCAGAACCAGAGCAGAAACUUUCUGGAUUUUCCAAGCCCUGCAACUCUAGUACCAUAAAACCCUUGUACAAAGCACUAACCCUUUUCUUUAGGAUCAAAUUCUUUUUCAUCUAACAUAGAAAUUAGAUUUCUUUUUUAUGGAAAUUUUGGUAGACACCAUUCAAAAAAUUCUUGUAUAGCUUCUAGGUUGAGAGAAAAUAGAAAUCAGGCCAAUGUAUUAUUUGUAAGUUGUAACUGUAAUAUAUAAGUGAAGAGAACUAGAGAAGAUCUAAUUAGAAAUGCAAUUCAAAUUUCA